GCCGCUUUACGGACAUACCAAAGCUUGGAAAAUGGCGGCGUUGGUGAUGAAAAGUUGACAGAUCAAAGAUUUUAUUUGCACUUGUUGGCAGCAUCUUCGGAAACCAUAAUUGUUCAGGAUGCCAUCGCAAAAGGGACGUUCUAAAGAGGACACUUGGACCACCGGCGAACUAACAAAUGCACUUGGGAAGCCUGGUGACAGACGAAGGGAACGGGUAAAUGGCGAGGACAAACACAAGCGGCAUCGAGAUGGGGAGUCCGACAAAAGGCAUAGAAGGAAGGAUGAAGAUGCUGAUGUAAGGCUAACAGAGGAGGAACGCGACAGGUUACGAGAGGAGAGACGCCAGAAGCGAGAGGGGAAAGAUGGUGGUUCGUCUCGAGAUAAGAAAGGAAAAGAAAUACAAUUCAAAACCAAGACAGACAACAAAGCCAUAGAGCUAGAUGAGGUUGAUGAUGCGGAUGACCGUCGGCGACGCCAUGGUGACAAGGAGAGACGUCACCAUGAUGACAGGGAUCGCCGGGACAGAGAUAAGGAACGGAGACAUCGGGAUGAAGAUGAGGCAGGUAAAAGUCGUCGAAGUGAAGAUGACCGAGAAAGACGAAAACGCCAUGACGACGAAGAUGACAACAAACGACGGCGACAUCGUGACGAUGAUGAGAGACGAAGCAAAGCACGUGACGAUGACGGGGACAGGAAACGUCGCAGCGGCAGACAAAGGGAGGAAGUAAAUGAGGAUGAGGAAGAGGACAGGAGACGUCGUCAUGAAGAGAAAAAGGAGCGACGCAAGGAUGAUCGUCAUGAUGACCGUCGGCGUGAUGACAGGUCAGAUCGUCAUGACAGAGAUGAUCGUAGGGAAAAACAUCCCGACAGAGAUGACAAGCAUAGAGAGAAGGAUGAUCGCUCAGACAGACACAUAGACAGGGAUAGAGAAGAUAGACACAAAGAUAGAGAUAGGAAAGAAACCGAUAAAGAAAAGGAAGAGCGUCGUCAACGAGAGCGUGAGGAGAGACGACGGGAGAAAGAGGAGAAAAAACGUGAGGAGGAAGAGAAACGCAAACAGGAGCAGAAGAAGGAAGAAGAUGAUGAUUAUGACUAUGAAGAAGAUUUUGAGGAUUAUGAAGAUGACUUUGAAGACGAAGGUGAUGAUGAUGAGGAGGAGAAAGAAGAGUCCAAACCUCGACCCAGACACACAGGGGACUCAGAGGUGGAUGACGUAUUACGAGCCCUGGAUGCGGAGAAUGAACGACUGCUUCAGGGCUCCAGAAGCCCACAGGUUACCUCUUACAAUCGUCAACAAGACCGUCAACAAGAUUCUGACGAAGACAGCGAUGCAGGUUACGAAAAAACAUACCAGCCUCGUAGGGAUCGUCCCAAAACAGCAAUCAACUUUGUGUCCGCUAAGCAGAGAGCAAUGAGCAAUAAAACGGCCUCUAAAACUCAGCAACGAGGCAGGGACCUUCUCAAGAUGAUUGAGUUAGAUUACACCUAUUGUGAUAUCCUUGACCUGCCCCCUGUCAACGAAUAUGACCUCUACAUUAGGUCGUUUGGGAGCACAAAUACCAGACAGGCAUAUGUCCAGACCAACGAGGACAAUAUAGAGAGAGAAAUACAGACGGAGGAGGCGGACGUACGCUCAAAGUGGACACAACACCCGCCAGAGGACUUCAGGGGCUGUGGACGGGGAGAUGGGGAGAAGGAUCAGGAAGAAGAGGAAAGCCAGCAUCAAGACACAGACAUGGGACGUCUGAAUCACUUCUUGGAAAAAGCUGGACAGGUUAUAGCCAUCUUGCUUGAGGAGGGGAAGGAGAAUGAGUCCGGGCACCAGGGUCGCAGUCAGACACACAUCGCCGUCAGUGAGGGAUACACUCAGAUAGACCUGCUUCCUAUAUUGCAAGGUCGACAUGUGGUGUAUUCUCACUUUUCGCCCGUCCAACCAAAUAUGCUCGUCACUGCUUACAGCCUUCCUACUGAGGUAUCGGAGGAAAAUACUGUCUCCAAGCGCGGAGUGCUGUGUGUCUGGAACACCAACGAACCUAACUACCCACAGAAGAUCCUUGUUUGUACUGGUCAGCCACGCUGCUGCUGUUUUAGCCCUGUGAGGCCCUUCCUGGUGUUCGCUGGAAUGACAGAUGGCUCCAUCGCUAUGUGGGAUCUCCGAGAGCCUUCCUCAAUACAUCGCUCGCUGCUUCUUAAUGAUGAGGCAUAUUCCCUCAGAUAUCCAACCUAUGACACAGCUGGUGUGUUGAACGAGGAAAAUCACCACAGCCCCGUCUCCUGCGUACAACCAAUAUACACCCAAACAGACAGUUCUUCUUCAAAUUCUGAAGAUGCAUCAUCCGGCCUAUCCUUCCAGCUGGUGAGCACGGAGGAAGCCGCUGUAUUGCACUUCUGGGUGGUUGCAGAAAUCGGAAGCCCUGAUAUUUCUGGAGCCCAGAAUGACUUCGGGCUACUGCCUGGGGGCGGAGUAAAACUCAUCAAGAGUUCUUCUAUAACACUGCAAAACCCAUCAAAGGACUCCAGGUUACAGACAGGGUUACGAGCCCUUGAUAUGGCUGUCAUGCCCACAGACCCAAACCAUUUCUAUGUCGCCACAGACUCUGGUUUCGUGGUACAUGGUAUCAGGUUUGGGAAACGAGUAUUUCCACGAGCUCACUCCCCUGUGAUAGAAUCAAUAGUAGAAGUGUCCUCCAUAGACUUCUCUCCAUUUGGUCAGCCCUGUUUCUUGGCCGGGAGUUCAGAUGGAACAUUUUCUCUCUACACCACACAGUCAGAAAAUCCGCUGAUCACGUGGCCCCAUUUGACCAAAGGUCAUAAGGUUCAGUGUGUACGAUGGUCUCGCAGUCGGCCUUGCGUGUUCUACGUGCUUGACUCCGCUGCCACGCUGUAUGUGUUUGAUCUGCUGGAGGGAGACAUGAACCCCAAGAAUGUGGAGACGUUGGCUAAAGAAAGAGUGACCAGUUUCAGCCUGACCACUGACCAGAGGGGAGAAGGGUCAUCAGGCAAGCUCCCCCAGAUGUUGUUCAGCCUGGAGAGUGGAAAGAUAGAGAUCCAUACUGUGGCCAAGUCUCUGAGAGAGCCAGAUCAGCUUGAGACUGACUACCUGGCUAGCUACUUACAGAGAUUCUGAUAGGCUGAAAUAUCCUGGCCACCUUUAUGCAGACAUUCUGAUUGGCUGAGAUAUCAUGGUCACCUUUAUACAGACAUUCUGAUUGGCUGAGAUAUCCAGGCCAAUUUCACUUUGACAUUCAGAUUACCUGAAAUACCAUAGCCAACCUCAUGUAGUUCUCAUUGGCUGAAAUAACCUGGCCAAAGGCAUGCGCAUAUUUUGAUGGGUUGAAAUAUCUAACUAGGCAAUCUGGUUGUUUUUUUCAUGGCCAAAUAAUACCAUUCUGGAUUCCUUGACUCAGUGAAGCCAGUUUUCUAGUAGGAUUUACUCUAUGGCUUAACUAUUUAUACACAUCUGUGGUUUUGCAAUAGAAAGCAUUCAAAAUAAAGUCUGACUAGAAAACAUACUGCUUCUGCUAUGGAUUAACUUUGUGGCUAGUAUAAAUGUACUUGGAACUUCAUAGUUUAUGAGGACUACUAAUCUCAAACUAUUCUCUUUGCUCGUAAUUCAUGAUCGUAAAAUGACUAGAUGCUCCCUAAUGAAUAGGUACUUUUUGUAUCACAAUUUUGUUCUUGUUCAAGAAAACUACAGAAAAAUAAUAUUCCUUGAAGCUUUUUGUACACUUCUUUAGAUUUGACAAAUUCAUGACCCCUAAAUAUUGUCAACUUUUCAAAAAACUUCUGCUCCAUUUUUCUGUGUAUUCUGAGAUUUGCCAGACAAAUAUUUCUUGAUGAUGCAAGGUCAUGUGAUGGCUUAAAUAUACUCCUAUAAUUUGUUAUACCUAUGGUACUGGUAGUUGAUUGGCUCUGUUACUUUAAUAAUGUAUAUUUUCAAUAAUACUAGUUCUAGUCUAUUUUUUUUGCCUUUGGAAGUGAAUUUUAACAUUUUAUUUUUCAAAGAAUUGUACAAGAAGGAAAAUUAUUUUUCUUCAAAUUUAGAUUAAGUAUUAUUAGAUCCUGAUUGCACCAUCGUUGGCAACCACAGUACUUAAUACUGUUAUUCUUCAUAAAUACCGUGGGACAAUUGACUGACAGUCUUUUUUUAAUGAAUAUAUGCAUUAGGCCAGAGAGUCCAUUCUCCUUCAAUUGAAUUUGCAUGUUACAAUUAAAUAUUCUUCAAUAAUUCUCUAGUGUCAGUGUCCUCCAUGGCCGAGUGGACUUGACUGCUGUUUAAAAUUAUUGUGCACAAAAGGUGAAACCAGCUCAAUCCUGGAUUUUGCCAGAAUAUUUUUCUACAGGAAAAAAUCUUACUGAACCAAUGAAACUGCCUCCUUAAUUAUUCAUAAUUACGAGAUUUUCUUAGCAAAAUCGCCAACAGUACAUAACGAAGCAUAGCAUAUUAAUGUAUUGGGCGUAUUCCACAAUGUGAUUGCACCAGCUUUAAUAGUCAAGUAUAACAAAAACUAAUAUCACAAUUUUGCUUUAAUUUUAUUGAAAAAAAAACUUAAUUUAAGUCAUCUUUUCUUUGUAAAAUUGUACAGCGCAUUUGUAAAGAAAUUGUUUUCAAACAUAUCGUAGCUUUAAAGUCUGUGAUAAAAACUGUGUAGAAUUUAAGAUUGUUAAAUUAUUGUUAAAAGUCAUCUUUGUGAUAAGGGAUGACUACAUGAUGUCUAGAUGCUAGAUAAAGUAUGUUUCUCCAUGUGUAUUUAUCAGUGCAACAUGUAUGUAUUUUGUUUGUUUGAGUACAGAAUCAUUCAGUUUUACAACACAUCAGUUUAACAAUUAUUGUUUUGGAUAAUUCAUGUACAUGUACAUAAUUUAUAAAUAGAAUUUGAAAUACAUAUUUGUUCACAAUAGAUCAAUGAUUUUAUGUAAAAAUUAAUAGAUUAAUCUUUUGAGAGAAAAAAUAUUGAUGCAUGUAUGUCUAAUUUGUUAAAUCCCUGUAACAUUAACCACUAUGACCAGGAAUCAAUCCAGAUCGAUGGAUUGCUGUCCAUAGCCAUAACCAGUAAACUACUCUGUAAGGCGUCAUUUUCACUGCUAAAUUGGGACUUGUAUACUUUUUGGUAGAGUAACUAACGAAUCUAUUUUAAGCUGUUUCUGUGUAACUCUUAAAUGUGUAAAAGUGAAUGGUUCUAUACAUUUUUUUUCAUUUAUAAGAACAAAUCUCAUGUUUUCUUCCGUCCAUUUUUGUCAUAUUAGUGCUCAUAAUUAUGAAUACAACAAUGUAUAUGAUGAAUGUCUAAUGAUGAAUGAAAAGAUGUUAUGUGUAUGGUUAGGGCACUCUAUUGGACUGGUCCAUAAAAGGGUUAGUGCCUAGAAAUGUUGUUGUAUUUUAAAAUGAUAAACAUUUAAUGACAUAUCAGGCAUAAAACUUAGUUUAAGGCAAAGUUUUCUGGGGUUUGGUUUCCUAUUAGAUCCAACGAAAUAUUGUAUACCAUAUUUUUUAACUGUUAGAUUCACAAGUCUAUAUUUUUAAUUGUUCCACACGGGUGAGGGACUGUAUCUUGUUAAAACUCCAUUGAUUGAUAACAAGUAUCUUGAUAAAUCAACUAUGUCUCAGGGCCUGAAAUAUUUGAAUCCGUGAUGGGUGAAAUACAGCUAUUCCAUGAGACUGGAGCUAUGAUUCCUUGUAAAAACAGAAAACUUUGCCUUUUAAUUAAGUUUCUAAGUUCAAAUUUGUUUCGACUGGCUUGGCCGACUCCCUCAACUCAUUAUAGGACCUCAGAAUUAAGCAAAAAAAAUCUGUUGAUUAAUCUUUGAAAAUAUUUCUUGACUAUUUUCAAGUUUGCUAGAUCUAUUUCUGUUUGUCUCAAGUUAUAUGUUAAAUAGCAGUAUACAUGUAAGUGGCCCAAAUUUCACCAAAAUACUUAUGUGAAAUAUCAAUAUCACCUCAUUUUACCACAUAAAAGCAUAGUAUGAUUCAGAAUGUUGUAUUUUUUACUCUUAUUAAAACUCAUUCUGAUGGAAUGUGAUGUUAAAUAUAUUCGGUUGAUAUAUCAAAGAGCCAAAAUUGAACUUUUUUCAAAAGCAAUGAGUUCUUUUAGGAAUAAAAAAAUGGAAUCUUUACAUUGAAAGUUUUAAUCAACAUACCGGUAUUUGUUAAGAGGUAUUUGUUAAGAGAUUGCGCUAUAAAAAGUGUAAAAAAGUGGUGACAUGAAGGUCUGAAUUUGACUUGAGUAUUUUUGUGACAUGGGGGCCUGUCACUUAUGAAAUGGGUAAUGAGGUCCAAUGUGAAACAACUAACAAUACUUUAUUAAGAAUCAAGAUCUGUCUUGUAUAUUGUUUUCAUGUUGCAUUGAAUAACUGUAUUGUUAUGAUGAUUUGUUUUUCUUGAUUGUAGUAUUUAUUUUGCUUUUUUAAUAAAACUGCAGACAUU